CUCUCCUCCCCGCCUGUGUAAGUGGCAGCGACGAGGGAGAGGCUUGCCGCUAACAGAAGCCACACAUCUGUCUGUCUCUCACUUUCUGCGUCUCGGCUCCGAGCUGCACGACCCCUCGGAACGGACCAGCUUGUCUCCUGAGGACACGGACAGCUCUGGCACCUCCUUUGCCAGGCAGCUGAAGCCAGUCAUUCCCAACACUCUGAAUCCUCGACUGCAGGACCUCACACCAACAGAUACAGACGGUGCAGUUGAGACAAUCGGAAAGAAAACUCCAUUCCUUUCUUCCACAGCCAGCCGUCGGUGCUUGGACGAAAACAUUCUGUUGUCUCCUGUUUGCCCGCCUGUUCAGAAGACCCCAGGCAGAUGCAGGUGGAGGGCGACGUUCGUGCGUACAGUUACAUCAGACAGAGUCCAACGUCUGGAUGGUCCACAGGAGAGGCUGACUCACCUCCAUCAGACGCCAGGAUCUGGGAGGACGUGGAUGAACACAAGGUUGGGGAGGCAGACGUGGACAGACAGUGUACCCCUGUUGAGAUCUUCGGAUACAGAGUGACAUGCCCCACUACCAGCGAGAUGGUGACCAGGAAGGUGGAGGAAAACUCCCUCGCUGCCCAUUGCUCGCUGGAAGCAAGUGAAGAGAAGUGUUCUCGGACGCGGAAUCUGGAUGGAAGUGGACAGAUUGAACCUUGGCGGGUUCCAAGCAGUAAAAGUCCCCAGGGUGCCAGCGAGCAGGAGACAGAAGGGGCUCAGCUCCAGAGCCAGAAGAUUGCCACCCAGCCCACCUCCCCGCCUGGCCCCAGCUCCAAGGGGGUCCUGCUGUUCAACCGCCGCAAGCAGAGGGUGGACGAGCUCACCCUGGGCAGCCCCAGGGCCGGCAGACCGCUGGAUGGAGACGGCCAACCCAAGGCCCGUGUAGUUGACGAAGAGGCUGCCGUGCCUUACUUCGAGCAGCGGGACAGCAUGGAGGAGGAGGAGGAGCUGAAAGAAGUGGCGGCCAAGGCUGAGGCAGCUGUGCAGAUGGAGAACCGCCAGUCUGAAACAGGGCCUGAGGCCCCUGUGGCUCCAGUGAGACCGCCACCUGCUCAGGUCUACUUGGAGAUGCCUGUCGAGGCCCGGAGGGACGCCGAGGCCUCAAGCUUUGCUCGACCUCCUCUGCCAAACCCACCAUUGACACUCGGCCGAACGGGCAUCCUGGAACAGUCGAGGAUACGCAAGCCUGGCUGGAAGCCAAUGUUCACUUUCCAUGAGAGGCCAAGGCUAGCGCCCAACCCUGAGCUGCUGUCAUUGGUCCAUGGCACCGACGUGCAGCGCAAAGCUGAGGGAGGAGGCAGAGGGGAAGUUGGAGGAGAUGAAGGCCUGGGCCUGGGUGCUGAAGCCUGCACGCUAGCACAGGCCAAAGGCCCAGCUGCAGCUCCGGCCCCGAGCCCGGCCGUCACUGCGGGUGAGGAGCGGCCGUCACCCGAAUGGGCCUCAUGCCUGAAGCCACCCGAGCUGCGGCCUCACCGCAGGCCCAUCAUCACUCCACAUGGCCUGGCUGAGGUGCGGGGCAAAGGGGCCGAGCUGUUUGCCCGGCGCCAAACACGGAUGGAACGCUUUACGCUGGAAGCCCCAACCCCACCGCCACGGCCUCCCUCACCCACUGCCUCACUGCCCGCUGGCUGGAAGUGCAGCACCAAGCCUGAGGCCUCAGCCUGUGUCAUCAAGGCUGCCCCCCCAUUGGGCCACCGCCACCUCAGUUCGGCCACCUUUGUCAUCUCGCCUCCACCCAUAGCCACAGGCGCCAAACUCAACUCAAAGCCAUCGCCUCCUCCUCCAACUGCCGCUAAGCCACAACGCCCGAGGCUUAAUGGGUUCACUACCAGCGAAAACCGAAGACAGGUGUUCCAGCCAGUGCAUGCCUCCUCUCCUGACAGAGCCACGCUACCACCAGCUGCCCCCAGGUCCUCAGAAGCAACACAGGCCCCGCGGCCCACCUUCUCGGCACGGAGAGCCGGACUCGAGGCCCAGCAGGGUUGGACAUCUCCAGUGACUCCACCCUGGAAGGCCACCCUUAUUCGGAGUUCAAGCAUCCCCAGGACCUACCUGGAGACCAUCCAGCCAGACCGGGCAAGCGAUACUACCCCGCAGAGUCCCCAAACGCCCUCCUACUCACCGUCGCCCAACAGCUGUACCCCGCCCACUGAGCAAGCGCCUGGCUCGAGCGAGGGCCAGCGACUGAAGGACCUGCUGGCCAAGAACGUGGUUAGCGCCGCCCGCCGCAAGAAGCUGAGCAGAUCGGCCACCUCCCCCGGCAGCCCCUCGGAGAUUCUUUCCCCCUUCAGCCCUCGCAGUGACUGCUUCUCGCCCCUCACCACCCCACCCUCACCCAGCUCCCCUUCCCCUGUCACUCACGUCCGCUCCCCGCUCAGGCUCUACCGUCGCUCCCUGACCGAUUCUGAGUUUUCACUGGGGUCAGACGGCUCUGGACCCCGGUCCCCUAGCUACCACAACUUCUGCCCCAGGGGGUGGACAGGGAGCAGGGUGAGGCAGAGUGAGCAGUGAUUAAAACACUGCCCCCAGCCCCUGGAGAGAUAGAGGAGCACGGUGGGGCGGAAUAGAUGGCCAAGGGAUUGGCUUACAUGGGCUGCUGACAGCAGCCUGCCAGGAUCCUCUAUCCUGGGCUAGUCUUUCACGUUGUCUCCUAUUUUCUCCUUCCUCUCCCAGGGAUGAGGUCUUGAGAGCUUCUGUUGGCAUUUCUGUAGCACUGGGUUACUGGAUGGGGGUUGCUAGCCUCUUGCCCAACCUUCCUCCUUUCACAGCCGGGCUUGGGACCAUCGGAGUUCCAAAGGAAUGGGAUCUGACACCAAACCAGGCCACGUUAGAGGGUACUCAAGUGUCCACGGAGGAAAUCAGGCGUGUUUUAAAUGUCUGUGAUCAUCCAUUACAGGGCAGAGAGCAGGAGAUCUGAAUGGCAGAGUGAGUGAAGAGGGAGGAUGCUGAAGGUGGGCUAAUCCCAUCUGAACUUCCCUAAGGAGGGUCGAUGAAAACGAGAAGGGAACCAUUGGAUUUGGAUUAUUAGUCAUGUCAGUGAAAAGCUUGUCUUUAGCAUUCUGUUUAUAUGGAUCAUACAGAUAGGGUGGGUGAUACAGAGAGUUGGUGGGUGCCUGGAAUGUGCUGCCUAGGGUGGUGGUCGAGGUCGAAACAUUAGGAGCUUUUAAGAGACGAUUAGAUGGGUACAUGGAUGUGAGGAAAGUGGAAGGAUGUGGACAUUGUGUAGGCAGAGGGGAUUAGUUUAUUUACUAAUUUAAGUGGUUCAGCACAACAUGAGGGCUGGACCGCCUGUUCCUGCUCUUGUUCUAUGUGUCUGGUGUUCUAGAUCAGAUCAUGACAGUACAUUGAGGUAGAACAAGGGAAAAGAGUGACAGAAUGCAGAAUAGAGUGUUACAGUUACAGAGAGCGUGCAGUGCAGGCAGACAAUAAUGUGCAAAGUAGAUUUUGAGCUGCAGUCCAUCUUGUGCACUGUAAUUGAUAUAGAUUUAUUAUUGUCAGGUGCUGAGACACAGAGAACAGGGCAGACUCUUCGGCUCACAAGGUUGUGGUUCGGUUAGUUAAGCUCACCACCCCUUCUGGGACACGGGCUGCCGACAGCAGCUCGACUGUGUCCCCUGCCCUGGGUCAGUCCUUCGCGUUGUCCCCAGGUGUAGCCCAUCUUCUCCUUGCACUCAUAGGGAUGCAGUCUUCAGAGCUCCUGCUGUUGUUUCUGGUUUUCCAGAAUGGGAUUAUUAUCCCUAAGUCCAAACCUUCUCCUUUCACUGGCAGGCUUGGGACUGCCCACGGCAGAGUUUCACAAUGCCGUGCCAACCUUUCAACCUACGUGCCUACCAUGAGCAAACCAAUUCUGAAUCUACACCAUAAAGUUUCCCUGGCCCCCAUUCCUCCUGACUGUCUGAACGGGGAAACUUAUAAAACGCCUGAUUAAAAUCCAUCUGCACCACCUCCAGUGCUCUACCUUCAUCAACGUGCUUUAUCACAUCCUCACAGAAUUCAGGCAGGUUCGCGAGGCAAGAUCUGCCCCUCACAAAGCCAAGCCGUCUAUCCCGAACCAGACAAUGCUUCUCCAAAUGCUCGUAAAUCCUGCCUCUAAGAAUUCACUCCAAUAGUUUGCCCGCCACUGAAGUAAGACUCACUGGUCUAUAACUCCCUGCGUUAUCCCUACUUCCCUUCUUGAACAGAGGAAUAACAUUUGACAUCCACCGAUCAUCUGGUACGACUCCUGUGCUUGUCAUGUGUCCUGCUCAUACAGAUCAGAUCAUUACACAGUGCACUGAGGCAGAACGAGGGAAAACAAUAACAGAAUGCAGAAUAAAGUGUCACAGUUACAGAGAGAGUGAGUGAGGGCAGGCUGACAAUAACGUGCAUGCACACUGGGAGAGGCAGGAAACACUCAGCAGCUUCUGUGGAGAGGGAAAGCAUUUUCAGGUGGAUUAAAUUCUGACCAUGUCAUAGAAACAUAAUUAGGCCAUUUAACCUAUCGAGUCUGCUUCAUCAUUCCACUGCAGUUGGUACGUUACCCCUCUCAAGACCAUUCUCCUGCCCUAUUAGACCCUCUACCACCCCAAGCAUUUGCUGCCCCUCCCCCCACUGCCAUUUUCUGGAAGGUGCUUUGUGAUUUCUUCUCCGGACCCCUCCAACAAAGCCUCACAAAUCCACCAAAGAUGCCAGGGAUGAAGGCAGCAGAUGCAUUAGAAAAUCCCCCCCAGCCCCCCACAGUAUCAGUUUCAUAAGAUCAUAAGACAUAGGAGCAGAAUGAGGCCAUUCCACCACGGCUGGUUUAUUAUCCCUCUCAACCUCAUUCUCCUGCCUUCUCCAUGUAGCCUGUGUACCUUGACUAAUCAGCCUCCGCUUUGAAUAUAUUCAACGACUUGGCCACCACAACUGCCUGUGGCAACAAAUUCCACAGAUUCACCUCCAGGUCCCGGACUGUCCUGGCUUGGAAGUGCAUUACUCUCCCUUCCUCGUUGCUGAGCCUAAAUCAUGGAGCUCCCUCCCCAUUAGCAUGUGGGGGGGUGUAGGCACCUUCCUCAGAAUGACCAUAUUGGUUCAAGAUGGCGGCUCACCUCCCCUGCCCCACCCACCUCUGCAACAGUUAUGGGUGAGGAAUUACGAUUAGUGAUUCCUGAUACUCAGAAAAAGGCACAGAAGUACCUUGUACUAAAGUUCACCGGCUCUAUUUUACCUUGGACCCCAAUCACUAAUUCUGGAGGAACGUUCUCUUUAGGGUUUUCAUUAAGCUCUUGCCUUACUGACCAUCAGUAAGCCACUGUCCAUUUUCCCAAUGCUCCAUCUCAUGACCACACCCUCCUCCGGCUCUCCUACCAUCACUCCCCUCGCCUGCCUUUGGCCACUGCGCUGCAUCCCACUAGCCUAACAAAUUGCUUUAUUACAUAGAAAGGUACAAUGUUGUGCCAAUCUUUUAACCUAUUCCAAGAUGACUCCUCUGCAACAAGGUGAUGGAUCUUCUUUGUCUGAAGGACUCCCUUAUGACCUGACAGGUAGACGCCCAGGAUUAAAUUCAGUUGAAAUCCUUUGGAGAAAGGGCCCGUUUUGGGGAAUCUUGGCUGCACAGCUAUGAAGAGGUUUCUCACAUUACUGGAGACACAAGAGAUGGCAGAUGCUGGGAUCUGGAGCGGUGAAUGUGGAGGAAUUCAGCUGACUCUGUCAUGAUGAUCCCAAAGCUGGCAGAAAAGCAGGAGGGUUGGGCAUGUGGUUAGCAAACCAAUCCCAUAAAAACCCAGAGCUACGGAAACGCCAGCAGAAGCUCCAAAGACAUCAUUCCUGGGAGAGGAAGAAAACGCCAAGAAGAUGGACUAACCUGGAGUCAACAUUGAAGACUGUUCCAGGACGGAGGAUUCUGGAGAGCUGCUGUCAAUGGCCUAUGCUCACAUAUGAUGGGCUUAGAAGGAGUAGGAGGAGGAGGAACUCAGCGGGUCGAGCAGCAUUGGUGGGAGGAAAGGAAUUUUCGACCUUUCAAGUCAAACCCCUACAGGGUUCUGCAAUUGCCUUGUGGAGUGGUGUGAUCACAGCAGAAGGUCCCGUAAUGUUUGCUCUUUGUGAGUGUUUAUUGACAGAUUCCUCUCCGUACCAAUCAAAGGUUUAAAGCAGGGAGUUCUCAAUUUUUUUUUAUGCCUUGGACCUCUACCAUUAACUGAAGGAACCCCUGGCUUAGAGGGAUAUAACCCAUUUGCUGGCAAAUAGGACUACCUGAGGUUGACAUCUCGGUUUUCUUUUAAGAGACAGCAAGCUGUUAACCUGAGCCAGGCAAUUUACCCGAGUUCAGCCCAUGUAUCUCUACAGCAGGGGUUCACACCCUGGUGCCCACAGACCCCUCGGUUAAUGGCAGGAGUCCAUGGCAUGAAACAAUGUUGGAAACACCCACUCUAAACCUUUCCUAUCUAUGUACCCUUCCAAACUUGUACCCAUCUCUACCACUUCCUCUGGCCACUCAUCCCGUCUACCCACCACCCUCUGAGUAAAAAAAGUUCAAAUUUAAAGUCGAGUUUAUUGUACUGUGCUCAAGUACAAGACUGGUACAGAAGCACAUCAGUUAACUUAACACUUGACAGCACCUGCAGUCGGGGUUCAACUCCCCCUGCUGUCUGUACGUUCUCCUUGUGACCGUGUGGGUUUCCUCCAGGUGCUCUGGUUUCCUCCCACAGUCCAAAGAUGUAUGGAUGGGUCAGGGUUAGUGAAUUGUGGGCGUGCUAUCUUAGUGCCAAGUGGCGACCUUUGCUGGUUGUUGAUGCAAACAAUGCAUUUCACUGUAAGUUUUGAUGUAAAUGUGACAAAUAAAGCUAAUCUUUAAUCUUUAACCAAAGGUACAAAACAUGGGUUGCAAACCAUUUGAUGCACAUCUGAAUCCAGGCAAACGGCAAAGUGUCACAGUGGCUAGUGUUUCUACAACAUCCCACCAGUGAUCCAGGUUCAGUCCUGGCCUCUGGCGCGCUGUGUGAGUGUGUUUGUGUCCAUAUGCCACUGUGAGUGAGUGUGAGUGUGGGUGUGUCCAUGUGUGAGAGUGGGGUCUGCAUGUUCUCUCUGUGACCUGGUGUGUUUCCCCUGGGUGCUGCAGUUUUCUCCCACAUCCUAAAGAUUAGUGAAUAUGCUACUGGAAUUGGAAUUGGUUUAUUAUUGUCUCGUACUGAGAUACCGUAAACUGUUCAUACAGCUCAGAUCAUUACACUAUGCAUUGAGGUAGAACAAGGGAAAACAAUAACCGAAUGCAGAAUAAAGUGUUACAGCUACAGGGAAAGUGCAGUGCAGACAGACAACAAUAUGCAAGAUCAUAAGGUACUGUAUAUUGUUAGGUCAAGAGAUAACCUUAUAUUCAAGUCUGAUAACAGUGGGGUAGAAGCUGUCCUUGGGCCUGGUGGGACGUGCUUUCACUGAUAACAGUGGGGUAGAAACUGUCCUUGGGCCUGGUGGGACGUGCUUUCACUGAUAACAGUGGGGUAGAAGCUGUCCUUGGGCCUGGUGGGACGUGCUUUCACUGAUAACAGUGGGGUAGAAGCUGUCCUUGGGCCUGGUGGGACGGGCUCUCACUGAUAACAGUGGGGUAGAAGCUGUCCUUGGGCCUGGUGGGACGUGCUCUCACUGAUAACAGUGGGGUAGAAGCUGUCCUUGGGCCUGGUGGGACGUGCUUUCACUGAUAACAGUGGGGUAGAAGCUGCUCUUAGGCCUGGUGGGAUGUGCUUUCACUGAUAACAGUGGGGUAGAAGCUGUCCUUGGGCCUGGUGGGACAUGCUUUCACUGAUAACAGUGGGGUAGAAGCUGUCCUUGGGCCUGGUGGGACGUGCUUUCACUGAUAACAGUGGGGUAGAAGCUGUCCUUGGGCUGGUGGGACAUGCUCUCACUGAUAACAGUGGGGUAGAAGCUGUCCUUGGGCCUGGUGGGACGUGUUUUCACUGAUAACAGUGGGGUAGAAGCUGUCCUUGGGCUUGGUGGGACGUGCUUUCAGUGAUAACAGUGGGGUAGAAGCUGUCCUUGGGCCUGGUGGGACGUGCUUUCACUGAUAACAGUGGGGUAGAAGCUGUCCUUGGGCCUGGUGGGACGUGCUUUCAUUGAUAACAGUGGGGUAGAAGCUGUCCUUGGGCCUGGUGGGACGUGCUUUCACUGAUAACAGUGGGGUAGAAGCUGUCCUUGGGCCUGGUGGGACGUGCUUUCACUGAUAACAGUGGGGUAGAAGCUGUCCUUGGGCCUGGUGGGAUGUGCUUUCACUGAUAACAGUGGGGUAGAAGCUGUCCUUGGGCCUGGUGGGACGUGCUUUCACUGAUAACAGUGGGGUAGAAGCUGCCCUUGUGCCUGGUGGGACGUGCUUUCACUGAUAACAGUGGGGUAGAAGCUGUCCUUGGGCCUGGUGGGACGUGCUUUCAGGCUUUUGUAUCUUCUGCCUGAUGGGAGUGGGGGAGAAGAGAGAACCAAGAGGCAAAAUAAAUCAAAAAGGAGUCAGUGACAAAUGAGUGAGAAUGGGUAAGAAAACUACACGGGAAAGAGAGGAGAAUGGGAUUGUUGGGUGUUAGUAUGGUUUGAAAGGACUGCAAGUAAUGUAGACCAAAACUGGUUUUAAUUUAUAAUUUCUCUAAGGACUGAAUUCUAACAUGAUUGAUUCCAGGCUACGCUUUGUGAUUGUCGGUACUGAGUGGAAUCUAGUAUCAAUGGUCUAAAACAGGCCCUCAUGGUAGUACAGCAGUUAGCGCAACGCUAUUACCAUGUGGGGCAUAUCAGAGUUCAGAGUUCAAUUCCAGCGUCCUCUGUGAGGAGUCUGUACGUUCUCCUCAUGACUGUGGGUUUCCUCCAAGUGCUCCAGUUUCCUCCCUCAAUCCAGAGGAGUACCAGUUAGUAGGUUAAUUGGUCAUUGUGAAUUGUCCUGUGAUUAGGCGGGGGUUAAAUUGCUGGCUUGCUUGGCAGGGUGGCUCGUUGGCCACACUGCAUCUCUAAAUAAAAGUGUGCACCUGAAGACAUAUUAAACAAGCAAGCAAAGGGCAAAACCUGUUCUUCUUAACAAGCACUCCAAUGUUAGAUUUAACCAUUCUGAAAUCCACUUUUUUUAACUCGUCACCACACAAUGUACACCUUUAAUCCUGCUUUCUCCAUUUGAGAUGUAACAUGUACACUUACCACAUCAGUCAUUCCUGUCUAUGCACCUUACUGUCUAGCAGAUUUGGAAUUAUAAAAGAUUGCAAUCAUUUUUAUAUGUAAAUGAAAUGCUCUAGUAUAUAUAUAAACUUAUGGAUGUGAACUGGU